AGAAACGCAGCGCAAAAGACUCGCCCUCGACCUCUGUGCUUCGUGCCACAACCAUCCACUUACGCCCCGUGCGCGACACAGUUCUGCAUCAUGUUCAAGAAGGACUUGUCGGCGGGCGCAAAGUCCAAAGUCAAGUCCUCGGUUCAGCGGGGCAUCAGAGCCAAAGUGCUCGAGACCUACCCGAAACUCGAGCCGUGCAUUGACGACAUUAUGCCCAAGAAGAGUCAACUGGACCUGGUCAAACUACCCGACCGCGUCUCCCUCUAUGUCCUCGACGAUCACCCUCUCUUCUACCAACACAUGGAUGACCCUCUCAUCCCCCACCUAAAACUAGUCCACCAGUACCCGCAAUGCUUCAAACACUUACGCAUCGAUCGUGGCGCAAUCCGCUUCGUCCUGUCCGGUGCCACGUUGAUGGUUCCCGGCCUCACUUCCGCAGGCGGUUGGCUACCCGACAAGGACCAAGAAGUGAAGGCGGGGGAAAUUGUUACCAUCACGGCAGAAGGAAAGGAAGAAGUAUGCAUGAUCGGAAUCUUGGAGGUAGGGUCCGAGGAAAUGAAGGCCAAGAAAAAGGGAGUGGCCAUGAGUGCGGGACACUACCUGGGAGACGGGCUGUGGAAGUUGGACUUGAGUUGAGCAAUUACUGGAACAGUACAAAAGAUUUGAGGAGGGGGAUCCGAUGUCCCAAAAUUGCUAGACUUGUUGGGGUCAAUGCCACUCGAGGACAGACAUGAGUGGACACUUCAAGGCACUUCAAGGAACGAUGGUAAAACCCUGCAAUGCGAACGCUCGUCGGAUGUAUUCGAAGGGGCAUGCUGCGCCCGCCGCCGCAGAUGCAGAAGCAAGCCCCAUCGUACUGAAGGGUAGGGGCCGCAGCGACGGGAAGAUAUCAUGCGGGCGCAAAGCCGUCGGCUUGAAGCCCGAUGAUUGAGACCACGCGGGGGCGCAACCUGAUGUACACCCAUGAUGAUGACGGAGCGAAACACCUGGAUACUGUAAAUCUUCUGGCAAAUGCCCAUACUGGCUACUACCGCUCACGACCUGACCAUAUAAUGUACAUUGCUGCAGCACUCAAGCUAGUUGCUUAAGAUACAAAGGGGCAAUCUAGGUUGACACAAUGAGUUGGUGGUUUCACAAUAAAC